GCUAGUAGUAGUAAGCGGCUGUCAUCGAAGUUGCGAAAAGUUGCCAUUACACGCAUCGUGAAAAGGGCAUUUGGAAAAGUGGAGAAAAACGGCAUAAAUUGGUGGAAAUAAAUAUUCGAUCCAGCCAAAGUAGAUCCCUUAAAUCUCGGUGGAUACGAUCAAAGUUGUAAGAGUAUUGAAAAAGUUGUAUAAUUACCCAUAUUUCUAUCCCCAAAAAAAAAUCAUGUUUCUCUCUCCAAAGCACGCAAUGACAGUCUCAAAGUGAAAAAAAAUGUUGAAAAAUUUUCCAUCGCCCAUUAAUUGCAAUUGCAGAGGUAAUUUCUGCAAUUUGCCUGAAAAGUUAAGUCGAUGGAAAUGUAAAAUGUUGAUGGUAGUGUGAGAAAUGAGUUGGAAAAGUAGGUGAAAUAAGGACCAAGUAAAAAAAAAGAAGGGUGGAUUUAAAUAAAAUUGUGACAGUCUCCGGGAAGUUCAGUAACAAUUUUUAGUUUGGUUUAUCUCAGUUUUACAACAAAAGUCCAAUUUGUUUUAUGUAGUUAACGCCUUGGUAGUUGUGAUAUGCAGGUAAAGAGAUGAGUGGAUAUGGAUACAACAUGUAAAACACCAUGGAUAGCGAUGAGGAGUCUGCUCAGGGAUCCCCAACAUCCAACUCUCCAUCAUCUCCCCAUGAAAAUGCAUCAAAUAGCGAUGGAUCUGAUUCUUCGGAUUCAGAGUCCAAUGCCUCUGGUGCCGAUGAGAAUCCCAAGACACCAAAUUCCCCAGAUGCAGCCUCUCGGGAUAACUCAAGUUCUCACAGCUCCAAUGACUCGUCCAAUGAGUCAUUUAAGCUGAGAUCUCCUGAGGCUCCUGGAGAGGCCUCCAGGGAUGUGUCGCAGGAUGUCUCACAGGAUGCCCAUGAAGAGCCACAGCAAAAGGACUCUCCGGCUGAAAGGGUGCCUGAGGAGCCAGCGGAUGAAUGGGAUGAAGAAGUUCCCGAAACGAAGGAGACAAAUGAGGAAAAGGACCUUCAGAAUGAAGAGAAGAAGGGCUUUGAUCUGGCUCAUGAGGAUUUAAGUGAAAUCAGCGAUGUGGACAGUGGAUCAUCGCUAAGUGGAAAUAAUAUGCCACAGUCUCCAGCGGAGAGGGAUGAUAAUGAAAACAAUGAAGCGGUAAAGAUAACAGAUUUACGUGAGAAGCUGAAUGCAAGGAAGAAGGCUGAGGAUGGUCAAAAGGUAGGGCAUCAGGAGGAUUUUGUGGCCACAAAUGGAGGAACAAAAUUCUCCGAAGAGAAGCGCAAUGAUGAAGAUGCACUGGAUUUUGAGGCUGAGGAUGGUGAAUGUGCUGAUGAUGGGAAGGAAGUGGUGGCAGCCAAGAAGGAAGAAGAAGAUGGCGAGGCUAAGGCUAAUGAGGCAGAAGAGGAGCUUGAAGAGGGCGAAGUGACGGAUGACGAUGACAGACGGCCUGAGGAGACUGAACCGAAGCCCGUGUGUCGAUUCUAUGCUCGGGGUCAGUGUACAUGGGGCGUUAGCUGUCGAUUCCUGCAUCCGGGAGUCACAGACAAGGGCAACUAUACCAUGUUCGAUAUGGUGAGGCCAAUUGCUGGUGGUCAGCCGGGUGGUUUUGACUAUCGUGAUCGCCCAAAGGCGCACAUUCCAUCGUCCCAUCAUGCUCCGGCCCUGGGAAUGGGUCUGCCAACAAUGUUGACACGUCCGUCACCGCUGCUGGAUGCCCCAGGAGGUGGUGAGAGUCCGUGGGAGAGGGGCCUGAGGACGGCUAAGGAGAUGCUGCGAAAGGCCAAUAAGCGCAAGGAGCAGGAUUUGGAUUUUGAGGAUAAGAAGAUGAAUCUAUCAGCUGGGCAGGAGGACAUCGAUCGGGACUACUACAGUAUGGACAAAGCAGUGUCACCGGAAUUGUCACCGCCUCCCUAUGCGCGCGUAGACAGAUUCAGUCCUCCUCCGGCCGGGGCUGCGGCCAAAUUUGUGCCGCGGAAGCAGCACUACAUGGAGGAGGAUGCCUUUGGACGGACGCAGCGUUACCGUGAGUUGCCGCCUCACAGGAUGCCACAGUAUGAGGAUGAGAGGCGUGUGAGGCCAGUGAGGGAGGUGAUUGUGCAGCGUUCUGAACCAGUGAGAGAUGAUGAGUGGAGUGAUCCGUGGAUGAGAUCAAAGUCACCAGCAGGCCGGGAGAGGGAUAAGUUGAGGGGUGAGAGGAGUACAAGGGAUAGAAGUUGGAGCAGCAAGAGUUACAGCAGUUCAUCGUCAUCUCAGUCGGAUAGUAGUUCCGACAGUAGCCGAUCAAAGUCACCAUUAGUGUACAGAAAGAGAGACAAGAAGGGUAGAUCUUCGCGUGGCAGCAAGGGCAGAGAUAGUCAGAAGAUUUAUUCGCACAGCAGCGCAGAGAAACGCUAUUCAUAUGGCAGACAGAGCGAUGGACGAGCUCAUUCGCCCAUUGUGGCGUCCAAUAAACGUGCCCUGGAACGGAUCAGUGCGUCGCAGCAUCAGUUGAAGCGUCGGAAGAUCUCGCCGCCACCCAAGGACACACGGAAAUUCGACCGAAAGCCACCGAGACGCUCGAGAUCAUCAUCGAGUGCCUCGUCAGACUCUUCAGGGUCUGAGAGUGAAUCUUCAGCAUCCAGCUCCUCGGAUGACAGCUCACGCUCAGGACGCAAGAAACCGGCAAAUCAUCGUGCGACAGAAGCAACCACAGCGCGCCACAAGACAACUGCAGAGCGACCCGCGAAGCAAGGUGAGUUGGACAACAAAGAGAGUAACACUUCGGCUGUUACUGCAUCAUCAGCCAAGAAGACAACUCGCCGUGAGGAGUUGCUGAAGCAAUUGAAAGCCGUGGAGGAUGCAAUUGCCCGUAAACGCUCCAAGAUUUCUUCAUAAGUCCUUCGAAUUCUCUCCGUCUUUCUCGAGGUUUUUUGCUUUUGAUGGUUAAUUUGUAGAUCGCGUUCAGAAAAAAAAGAAAGAAAGACUCUUCGAGGAAGACCAAAAAAAAAUCAUUAAAUCCUACUCGAGUUUCCCCCAAUAUCCUCUUUUUAUUUCUCUUUCCCCUUUUUGCAAGAAAAUAGCGCGAUAGGAAGAAAAAUUAAGUAGAUGAAAAUGAUGAUAAAUUAAUCUUAAGGAAAAAUAAACUAUUUUAAGGUAAAAUAAUUAUAACACAGAUAGCACCAUAAAGUGAAAGUUGUGGUAUUAA